AUGCCGGAGACCACACCUAUGCUGCGGUGGACGGGGAAGGUUGGCGAUGCGUCUGCAUUCUGUUUCUGGGGAUCUCAAGCUCUCGUCCGCGACUUGUACGCAGACAAGUUGUCCUCCCGUGCUGUUCCCUGCGUCUUCCUUGGCUUCCCCGCUAACGCGCCUGGUGUGUCCCAGGUAGACGCAGUCUUGCCUGUCGAGGUAGCUGUUGACUCUGGUGCGGCUAGGGGUGCUGAGCCUGCGGGUGCCGGGUCUGGGGGUGCUGAGCCUAAGCGUGCGGAGCCUGGGGGUGCUGAGUCUGGGGGUGCUGAGCUUGGGGGUGCUGAGCCUGGGGGUGCUAAGCCUAAGGUGCUGAGCCUGGAGGUCCUUCGGGUGCUUCGUCCCGGCAGGAGCCACUCUCUCUACAGGAGCUGCGCGAGUGGUUUGCUCGGCGCUAGAGUCGUGCUGCUGAAGCUGGUGGUGCUACGGGCGCUAGAGGUCCUACUGCUGCUGGAGCUGCUGGGGGACCUGGAGCCACUGGUCCUGGAGGUGCUCGUACUGCAGGUACUGGAGCUGCUGGGCGUGGUGGUGCUACUAGAGCUGGAGCUACCGGAGGUGCUGGAGCUGGCAGUGCUGCUGGAGGUACUGGAGCUGGCACUACUAGAGCUGCUGGCGCUUCUGUUGGUCCUGCUGGAGCUGGAGCUGCUGGAGGUGCUGAAGCUGGAGGUGCUACUCGAGCCGGUGCUCCUUGGGGUGCUGGAGUUGGCGCUACUGGAGUUGCUGGAGGUGCUGCUGGAGCUGGUGGUCCUGCUGGAGUUGGCGCUGACGCUGAGGGUGCUGGUGCUGUCCCUGCUCGUUCCACUCCUUCAUCAGUGUGGUCACUGA